AUGUCUACCAUCAACAACAAAGAGUUCAAAGACGUCAAGGACGACGUCUUCAUCGACAAGCUGGAGAAAGUGGACACCUUCUCGGAUGAACAAGCCGAAUUGGACAAUAUCGAAACUACUGCAGCAUCCAAGGCAGCAUGGCUGAUUGCCAUGACCGUGUCUAUCGGAGGUUUCCUCUUCGGGUACGAUACCGGCUACAUAUCCUCUGUUCUUGUCACCAUCGGCACGUCCCUGGGUCAUGAACUCAGCACCAGUGAGCAGGAGCUGGUGACAUCCAUCACCUCUGGAGGAGCGCUUGUCGGUGCUGUAUUUGCUGGACUGGUCGCCGACAAGUACGGAAGAAAGAUGCCUAUCUAUGCCGCCUGUGUCGUCUUUGUCAUUGGAACAUUAUUGCAAGCUGCCGCAUUCCACCUCCCACAAUUCGCCAUCGGUCGCUUCGUCGUUGGACUGGGGGUUGGCUCAGCAGCGUGUAUCUGCCCGUUGUUCAUCGCCGAGAUCUCUCCAAUGCGCUACAGAGGCAGAAUGGUAGCCUUCAACAACAUGAGCGUCACCCUUGGACAACUCAUCGCGUCAGGCAUCGGCGCUGGCUUUGCCCACGUGAAGGGAGAUGGCUGGCGUGCAACGGUCGCCAUUGGAGGAGCACCACCAAUCAUUCUCGCUGUUCUCUUGUACUUCUGCCCGGAAUCGCCCAGACAGUUGGUCGCUCACGGCAGAAUGGAGCUCGCCGAAGCCUGUCUUCUCAAGAUCUACCCCACUUCUACCACACAGAUGCGCCAGGCAAAGAUCAGAUCCAUCGAGGCGUCAAUCCACGAACAGACGGGCUCAAUGGCUGACGAGUCCCUCUGGAAGACUUCAAAGCGCAUCUUCACCACCCCUGCCACUGCUCGAGCUGUCUUUACCGCCUGCGCUAUUAUGGCUAUCUCUCAACUCGGUGGCUUCAACACACUCAUGUACUACAGUGCCACCCUCUUCGGUCUCGUCGGUUUCUCCAACGCUACCGCUGUCGCCAUCGUCGUUUCGGGCACCAACUUCCUCUUCUCAAUCGUCAACCUUGUCCUCGUCGAUCGCUUUGGCCGUCGCGGCAUCCUCAAAGUUACGGUCUUGGGCAUGGCUAUCUGCAUGCUCAUUGCCGCUGUCAGCUUCCACUACAUCCCCAUCAACGCAAAGACACUGGAGCUUACCAGCAAUGUUACUGGCUGGCCUGCCAUUAUGGUUUUGAUCUGCAUCAUCUGCUACGUCGCUUUCUUCUCCUCUGGUGUCGCCACGAUCGCUUGGAUUGGCACUGAAUUGAUCCCUACCGAGGUCCGUGCUGUAGGAACCAUGCUGAAUACCGUUACCUGCUGGAGUACCAACAUCAUCAUCUCUUCUACCUUCCUCUCCAUGAUGAAGGGCCUCACUCCUUCAGGCGCAUUCGGCUUCUACGCUUGCAUUUGUAGUCUUGGCUGGGUCUUUGUCAUGUUCUGCUACCCUGAGUGUAAGGGUAUGCCUCUUGAGGCUAUCAGAGAGGUAUUCCAGCGCGGCUUUGGAGUCAGGUACUCCAAGCAGUGGCAAAAGGAGAACGCAGCGUUUGCAAAGGCCAACGCCAAGGGCAAUGUCAACUUUGGCCAUUAA